AUGAUGCAGAAUCCCAGCGCAGCCUCAGACCUCGUAAACGCCUCGCACAAAACCCAAGCUGCACUUGAUGCACCUGCAGAGGCAUCGCUGCAGGUGUCCUCGCAUCGCGUCACGACCGCUUCCGCAUUAGGAGGAGAGGGAGGACAGGAAGAUGCCCCCGUAUGUCCCUCGGCAGCAGGGGCUGCUGUUGCAGUGACGCUAUUGGCGGGGUCGUUGUCGUCUUCUCGAUCUCGCUCUGCGGCCUCCACCACCCCGCCGCCGCCGCCGCUCGUGCGCCCAGCAAAGAAGGCGGUCAAGGCGGGCGGCCACGGCUGCGCCCCUAACGGCGUGGUUGGUGGUGCCUCGCUCUUCCGCGAGUGGUCCACCAAUGCCACGCUGCUCGAUGAGGCUCUGAACACGCCGUUUUUCCAUAUACUCCCAAAAAGCACCGAGAGCACGGCCGGCACGGUGGCACACGAUCACCCGGCACUGCAGUCGGUGACGCUGCCCACCAGCGAUGCCCCGCCCCCGUCCAUUCUCCUCAUUGCCCUCGCAGACGUCGAUGUGUUGCAGCAGUCCUUCGGCGCGCACACCCUCGUCAACCCGGUGAAGAAUCAGCUCGCUGAGUUCAAGCGACUGGUGGCGGCCUCGAUGCGGUCAGAGCUGACGGAUGGGCACGAGCGGCCGCACACGGAGAAGGUCUCAGCGGAAGCACAAGCGGCUGCCGCCGCUGUGGCUGAAGAUGUCCAUGCAGACCACAGCGCAGUCAGCGGCGAAGGCGAGAAGGCCGCCGGUGCCGCGAUGCACGAUGAUGACUUGGCAGACGAAUCCGCUCUCAUCGUUAGCUCCUCACAGGCGCACGACGCGACCGUCCGCGCGGCAUUGCGCACCGCACACGGGUUUCUCUACGGCAGUGAAACAGUCCCCGUCGGCGUGCCGGUGGUGCACCUGCAGCGCGCUCGGCGAGAGUGGUUGAUGCGGUACCGCGUCGUGCACGUUCAGCCACAUCUGCAGAGGGCCCAACGAGGUCGGUACGAGGCCUGGGCGCAGCAGCAUCUACAGAUACAGGACUUUGCUGGCGGCAGCGCCGACGGUGAUGGCUGCCGGCAUGGCGCGUCUGCCUUGCAGAGUGCGAUGACGCCGGUGUCUAUGUGUGCAGCGUUGCAGCCCACGUAUUGGCGGACUGUUUCCAUGGAGCGGCCAAGUGUUGUGCCCACCACGAGCCACCCCGGCACUGAGAAUACGCCCCCGGUUGAAGUAGGAGGGGUUGCGGGUGGUCACAGCGUCUUCCCGCCGCCAACACGUCGGCUGUGGUCGUCAAGCUCUGCACACUCCGCCUCGCCACUGCGCGCGUUGUCGCCCGCGAAGACAACAGCGGUGCCGGUGCUCUACAAGGCAGCGUGGGAUGUGGACCUCUACGACGAUCUCGGCCUGGUCGUGUCGGCGGAGCAGCUCGACAGUAUGAUGCGCCAGGCAACGUCGCGGACCGCUGUAGAGGCGAUGGAGCGAGACGAGCUGGCGCCGCAGUUUUCGACGACGGCGGCGGCGGCUUGCGCUUCUUUCGCUUCCCCGAUGGAGCUGUCGGCGCUGCCGCCGCUCAUCCGGGCUGGCGACCUUACCCAGAUGCAGCUCACCCUCCCCGUCUUUGUGUACAUUGUAAGCCGCUACUUAUUCAUUGCCCACUACGCCGCGUACUUUCCGACAGGCCUGUUCAGCCGCGCCCUCAUCGACCCCUUCUACUUCCCGGAUGCAGCUCAAUGCACGCCGGAGUAUGCGCUGCGUGCGUCGCCGGCCCUACGACGAGAGGCGGAGCGUGUGUAUGCCAGCUACGCCGCGCGGCUGGCGGAUGCGCACCGCUGCUUUCCUGAUCGCACGCGCUCGACAGAGGUGCCGCUGCCACCGAACGAUAUGUUUCACCUGUGGGAGCUGCUGUGCCCGCCGCAGCGGCAGGACGUCGCAGGGCGGUGGAAUCCCAUUCCGUGGGGCCAGCUCAUGCCCGAGGAGGAGGAGGCACUUCUUAAUGAGGAGUUCAAGAGCGUCGCGCGCGCAGGCCAGGACGCCAUCGACAUGGGUGUCUCUCGCGACGAACCGCUGCUGAGUUACUCAUACGCCCGUGCGGCACGGCUAACCUACCGGCAGCGGCUCCAGCAGCUCGCCCAGCACCCGUCACUUCUAGCCGAGGUCCACCGCCUUCUCUCGCAAUGCGAGGACAUCGCGAUGCAGUUCUUCACGAUGGUUGACAUGGAACAGAAGGGUUGCAUCACUUGGGAGGCCUUCACCAACGCGCUUAUUGAGGAGGCAGACGUGCAGGACCAUCAGCGCAAGGUGCGCGACCGUGCUGCCACUCUGACGCGCACCAGCGCCUCGAUCUUCGACCGGUACGUCGUGGAGCCGCUCCCCUCAACGCUCGCGCGGCUUGGGUACACGGGCAAUGUCUUCGAGGUGCGGCACAGCGCGUCGCUCGUCAUGCUGGAGGGUGCGAACGACUACGCUGUGUGCGAUGGCACCCAGCUGGGUAGUAUUCACCAACGCUUUCUUGUGCGGCCAGUGGAGGUGUUGUGCGAGGAGCUCGAAGAGGAGCCGCACGACGCCUUUGGUCGGCUUAUCCACGGCCCGCGCGGCGAUCGGGGCGGCGGCGGCGGGGAGAUUGGGAGACGAGCGCACUCGGCCACUGAUACUGAGGGCUACGACGUGGCGCUGCGACAGCGGCCGUGGCGCAACAAUCAACGACCUCCGCGGGUAUACGUUCGCUAUGAGGACGGCCGACGACUGCAGGAGUCGACGGCACUGAACAUGCUGCAGCAGCUGAGCUCCUCAACGGCGAGGGCCGUCACGGCAGCCGGCAGGGAGGCUGUUGACGACCAUGAAAGCGUGUUCACAAGCAUGCGGGCGCAUCAACCGGCGAAGUUGGUCUCCCUUGAAGGCAUCUUGGUUGUCGAGAACGUCUCGCCGUGUGUGCCGUGCCCCGUGUUCGUGGCACACGGCAGUGACAUGUUGCUGCGGUUGUACAGUUCCAGCAGGGCUGUCCAAGCGCUGCCGGAGGCAGGCGCGCUGCGUUGCCCGGAGACUGUGACAAGCAUGGAGUGGGCUUCUGGCGGCCGUCGAGCGCGACGCUCUAGCGUCAGCGGCACCGGCACCACGUCCGACAACGUCGCCUCGCGGUCAGCCGGGGUGCAUGGCGACGGGAGGGAACUCCAGGGGCGCCGCAGCGGUAGCGCCGCGCAGGGUGACCAUACUCUCUCCUCUACCGUCGCGCCGCUGUCGCCACACGGACGGACGCAUCAUGACCGCAUCUCUGUGCAGCGGGAGGAGUACCUGCUGCUGGGGACCCGUGACGGCACCAUCCUUCUUGUGGACCUCUACGCCAUCCUGAACCGCGUCCCGCGCCUCGCGGCGCCCGCGGACACUCACAGCGGCAGCACCGUUGACGGUGUGAGCAGCAGCGCCCUCGGCGACGGCACGGGCGACGUAGGCGGCAAUGACGGAGCGGGGGGUACUAUGGGUGCGGCGUCCAGCGUCAUGCAGUCCACGUCGGAGCGCAUCGGCACCUCCGAGAACGCGUGGUCCGGCUACCGCGACCUCGCCUGCCGCACAUACUACGGCGACAUUGGCGCCUUCAUCGUUCACACGCAGCAGGUACACACGCCUGGCACGCUUGUGUCCUCCGUCGUGGCCGCGGCCACCAACGGCUUGGUGGUCUCCAGCGGGCUCGACGGGGAUGUCUUCACCAUGCGGCUGGCUUACCUGCCCUCGUGGAUCACUGCUACCGGGACCCAACGGGCGCCAAGCGGCGUCUCUGCCGGUGUCGGACCCGCCACCACCGACACAAGCCGCCCGGUGGUGUGCAUCGAGGUUCUGCACCGCAUACGUGUAUCCGACACUGGUGUGCGCUACGCCCUGCCCAUUCCCUUUCUAUCCAUGCUCGCUGUGCUGACGACGAGCAACAAGGUGUACCUUUACCAUACCUCCGUGCUGCCGACGGCACCGGCACUGGUGGACGGUGGCCGCAGCGAUUCCGCAUCCAUGCAGGUGCCUCCGGCACCCUUGUCAACGCCACGGGCAGUGUCGGAGGUUCGCGAGAUGGCGACCGACGGCGGUUUUUCACCGGUGUCCGCGACGUCUUCGGCGACGCCGCCACGACUGGAGCUGUACGAUGCAGCAGCACCGCAUCUCGGCAGCAUCGUCGCCAUGAUAUUGGUGAAGGAGCUUGACCAGCUGAUCACAGUGGAUAGCAGUGGCUACGUGAAGGUGUGGUCGCUGCGGCAGACGCAGCCUCUCACCUCUUUCUACGCAUGGGCGCCGCUCAACAUCUCCAGCAGCGGCAGCGGCGUCGGCGACGCGGGGCGGCUGGCAGGGUGGUCGUCCUCUCAAGGCAGUAGUGCUGCGCACCGCGGCAACGGCCGUGGCUCAAGCAUGUCGGCAUGUGGCGCUCUCACUUCCUCAUCCGCGCUCCUUCGGACGACGAAGACCAGCAUCGAGGCGGCUGUCGACGCGGCGGAGUAUCGCAUGCAGCCAUGCCGCAGCGCCGCGUUUAACUACGCCGGUCGGCAGCUCUUUGUCAUGGGUACCCACAACGCCGCUCACUGCUUCUUCGUGAGCGGCCAGUCGAGUUCGCGGGCGCACACGCAACCGCUGCGGGCGCUGCUGAUGGACACGGCGACGGUUUCGCGGGUGGGCUGCGUGAAUCACCGGCUUAUCAGUCUCAGCAGCGCAGACUGCCGUGUGUGGUCACUGCUAACUGGAGCAAUGGAGCUCGGCAUCAGCGCGAACAGCGCCGAGUACCGUCGUCUCUUCAACAACCGGCUCACCGGCAAGGCGCAAGGCAGAUCAUCGUCGAUCGUCAAGUCUGUAGAGCAGCAGGUGUUGAGCAGGAAGGGCGGCCGUGAUGGCAGAUCCAGCGGCUCGCGCCCUCGGUCGAGCAAUCGAACACGCAUGCACAACGCUCACGACGCCGCUAUUCUGGCAGCCGCAUCUGCCUCAACGAAGACAACAGGCGAGCCCCAGCGCUUGUUGCCGCCCUCGGUCGACGACGUCAUGCGAGCCGUGUCGGCGCGUCCGUGGAGCAGCCACCGCCGCUCGCACCACCACUGUGCGCCGUGGCGCACUGCUGGGGCUGCGGUGGGCUCGCGCAGGGAGGCUGCAGUGGCCACCGCCACGGCUUCGUUUCAAUUAUUGACGGCGGGGAAGCAGCCUCACGGCAGUGCGGAAGCCCCCGGCAACAGUGGCGGUACCGCCGCCAGUGCCACAGGUCAGGCCGGGUGUGCUGAGGAUGACACAAGUGAGCUUGUCACGAACGCGAUGCGCGAUCAGAACCUGCUGCUGAGCGACAUUCGGUGCGCGUGUCUUGGCCCUGGUGGUGAGUGGGUCGGCUACGCGCUGCUUCACGGCGACAUCCGGCUGCACCGUAGUGAUUCAGGGCGCUUGCUGCACACCUUCAUCACUACCUCGCCGUCCACGGAGGAUCUGAUUGAGGCGGCGAUGCAGUACCAACACCUCUUCACUUCCUUCACCGCCGCGCACGCACUGCCGCCGCUGCACACGGUGACCAUGGAGGAUGCUGCCACGACAGCGAGCAGCAUAUCCCCCGGCAUGAGCACGGCAUAUGGUGGUAGUGGCGGUGGUGUCAGCGGCUCACUGUCAUCGCAGUCGCCGACGGCGCGACUCACCCCGAUGGCGUAUGCGAAGGCCGUCGCGCUGGUUCUGGAGCGGCUUCUCGCGACCACAAUUGGUGUUACCUGUGGUCCCGCCGGGGCAGCGCCGGCCUCAGCCAUGUCUGCAGACGUCGACGAUCAACGGGACCGCAACGUGCACCGGGAGCCGCUGCACAUGCUCUACCUCGACGCCUCGCAAGAGUUGCUCGUCACCUACGCGGAUGGUCUGCUGCGCUGCUUUACGCUGCUCAGCCACUCCAGCACGGCGACGCGCGUGAUCGUCUCCCGCACGUUGAUGAAUCGAGCGCUGACGCAGGUGCGACUUGCGCUGACGUGGAACAGCCGCCAUGCAGUCGCCGCCCGCCCCGCGACGGCGGCAGGCGCGGACGUGCCAGGGAGGAGAUCGACAUCGCUAAACGCAAGCCUCUCGGCGUUUCCGCUGAGGGAGCUACUCAUGACUGGCUCCCUCCGCGGCGCCGGCCUCGGUGACGCUGAGGUGAUUGAGGAUCGCAGUAGCGUUGUAGCCGCUGAACGCAACGCCGUGUCUCCUUCGCGGGCCACAUGUAGCGACGGAGCCGGCGGCGGCGGCCCAACGGAGCGGCUCAACAAUGCGGGCGCGGCCGUGGUAAUACCUGCAGCAUCUCCGGCGAACGUUGCGCGAGCCGUGAUGGUCUCCUUGUCCACGUGCCAGAUCGAGCCCGACGUGGUGCUGCUCGCCACUGCCAGCUCGCCGCUCGGCCUCAUCUGUCUCGUGCAUGCGAGUGGCCUGGUUACCGUCUUGGACGUACAGUCGCGCAGCGAGACGGACGGUGCUGCGCGGAUGCGGAUGAUGUUGGGCGACGCUGACGAUGUGAAGGGCGGGGUCGGUGGUGGCUGCGCUGGGCAAAAGCCUGAAGGCGGACGCGGACGUGCUGAGGCCGGCGUUGUCGUGCACAGCUUCAUGACGACAGACGAGGUGACGGCGGUGAUGUUCCUCGGCGCCUACCCUUGUCUCGUGCUGGCGGAUCGCCAACAUCAGCUCUCCUUCCACCUGAUGAAGGGCUCGAGCUUGCUGGCGCUGCUUGGUCCGUUUGCUGAGGAACUCGAGAAGGAUGUGAUGGCGGGCGCUGCAGGCUUCUGCGAGCAGACCGAGGCUGAGGCGAACGGCAGCGCGACGGCGAGACCGUCGCUGACGGGCAUGCGCAGGACCAGCAGCUACACCGCCGCAGGGUUGUCACCGCGGCUGCCGCCAACUGGUAGGGUGGAGAGAGGCGCAGCGCGCGGGUCGAACCCCACCGCAGCGAGCUCGACGCUGGUGUGGACUUUUUCCGUCGCCGACACGUGCGCUUCGCAGCGCUCGCUGGGCUACGUCACGGCUCUCACCUUCGACGCUCUCUACGCCACCGUGUACGUUGGCACGUCUCAGGGUUACAUCGUGUCGUAUCUCGUGCGGCGCUUUUUAAUGGCUUUUCAGCUGACGCCGGUGUUCCUUCGCGGCGUAGACGGCAUGGCUGUCUCGACGUACGCAGCAGAGCUGCAACGCACCCUCGCUGCAGCGUGUCCUGGAGCAUCGCCGGACAACAACCCGAGCAGCAGCUUUCUGCACAACUACCUGCGCGUCGUCUUCGACGUUCCCCAGUCGGUGGCAACGCAGGUGACCGACAACCGCCUUCGCAGCCCGCGGAAGCGACACGUCAGCUUGACCGGCAAUCCCUCGACGGGCACGACAGCAGGCAGCCAAUCACCGAAGGAGCUCGGUGGGCUCAUUGGCGUUUACAGGUGCCGCCGAGAUCUCUUCCACGUCUCGUGGCGCGGCAUUACCGGCAAGCGGCGCGGAGGGGGUGGCAACGGCAGGUACGCGGCGGCGCCGUCGCAGGCCAUUCCGAUCUGCACAUCCAGUGAGGCGCUCAUCGCCGCGGCAGUGUUGCACGACGCUGUAACGCGCAUGAUGACAGUCGCCUCGGCCUGUGCCACCGCGACGGAGGCAUGUCCAGGUACCACCGCGACACCAGGCGAGACGCAGCCGUGGUGGUACACGCCAGCGGGGCGGACGGUGAAGGAGUACGUGGCACGCAAGUGUAGAGGCGGGGCAGCUCGGGGUGGCGUGGGCGAGAGCGCCGGGGCUGCUAACGCGAACCCCACCGACUCGGGUGAGCUGGAGCUGGACGCAGAGGGAGUGCAGCUGCUGCGUGGAUGGGUGAACACUGUGCUGGCCGAGCAGCGUCGCUACCUGCCGCGUCCCACGAGCGAUGCAGAGGCAGUGUCCGAAGGGCAACAGCAGCGGCAGCGGCAGCGAGAAUCUUUCUCCACUGCACCCGCUGGCCCUCAGGACGGAGUGAGUCGUACCUCCAGCACUAGAAGCUUGAGCAGCAGCGGAUUUACGGCAGUACCGCUGGUGCCGACGCCAGACUGCGGUCAUGACGCCUUCGCUAGCGGUGUCAGCCACGCCGGUGCUGACGAGGCUGCUGCUGCUGAUGCUGUCGGCGAAGGCGCCGCAACCGCGGCCUCGCAGACAGUCACGACACAGCAGUUAGCGGAGGCUCUCGUGCGGGAGGUGCAGGAGGAGCUUCUCUUCGGCAAGGAGGCCCCCGCAACAGCGGCGGCUGGCCACUACGGCAAUGCGUCCAUGCUUGAGCUCACCACACCCGCCGCGACUCCGCCGCACCCCAUCACAGACUCCUGGGUCGAGCCCCUCUUUACCAGGCAGGUCAUGUGCACCACCAGUCGCUCCCCGCUGUGCUUGUUGACGCCGCCUGCGAUGCUUGAGCGAGCCCGACGAGAGCGGCAGGAUCGGCGUGGGCGGAUGGCGGCCACUACAGCUGCUGCUGCUGCAGGAAACGCAGCUGGCGGUGCGCCAGCGAUUCCGGAGUGGAACGCCUACGUGGAGGGCGCUUUGCCCGACUACCUCGCCGACCUUCUAGGCCACCCGAGUCAGAUGCUGACGGAGGGGGAUCGGCAGGCACUUCAGCAGCUCUCCAUCACAGUACUGCAGUGCCGGCGUAAUGGCUACCUCUGCGUCGGCCACGCUGACGGCGGCGUGACGCUGUGGACGCCGUACGCGUGCGCGCGGCUGGAAAGCCUGUGCCCGAGCACAUCGUUGGCGGCGACGCUGGACCGCCUCGCCGCGUCUGUCAAGGCUCAGUUCCAUUGCCUUCAUGAGCGCAUACUGCUGGAGCGGCAGCGACUCGCCUUUGAGGGAAGUCUGCGCAACAGUCGACACACAGAGGAGGAGAGGGUAGCCUGCAUGAAGCACCGCAUCCGCGCGAUGCUGCUGGAGCAUCACCUGACCCAGCUGCAGCUGAAGAGGACAGAGGGCGAGGGCGAAGAGGACGCGGACACGCUGGCUGGCAGAGUCCAGGCUGCAGAACUGCCGUCCAUGCUGCCAGCGUCCGCAAAGAGUGCUAUCAGACCGCGCACAUGGAGCUCUCCUGAUGCACGGCGGCGCAGCAGUCACGCGGCUGCGGCUGCGGCAAAGGUACAGGGUUUCGAGAAGUGCAGCACGGCCACGCAGCCCUUCAUGUGUGGGUCGAUGGAGACAGAGCUGCUGGCCAUGCGUCCUCUCUUGUGCUUGCUGCUCGGUGUCUCGUCACCGGCGGAGCUGCGUGCCCGGCAGCUGAGCCUCGAGGAUCUCUUCUUCCUCCCCUUCAAGACCCGCAACCUCGCGUCGCUGGAGGCGUUCGACCCCCACUCCUACGACGUGGCGGUGGGGGUGGCGAUGCGCCGGCUGCGGCGGGAUCUCAUCGAGGAGGCCGAGGAGCACGCCACCGAGGAACCUGACGGCGCUCCGCAACUCUUGCCAGAUGCGCUCACCGCCGCCGUGACACAGGCUGUGUCGACGGUGUCACAUCCCGUUACCUCCCUCGCCUCUCCCGCCUCUCCGCUCUCGCUGAGCGGCAGCGCUGGUCGCCUUCGGCGUAGGCGUCAGGAGAGCGUGUACGACUACCGCCUAUCAUCCCUGGCGCGUGCCUGGGACGAAGGCGCCGAUCAGCCACAGCGAGGGCAGUCGUCUGAUGCGUCAGGGGCGGCAGCCUUUCCAGGGGUACUGCACCUGCUGCUGCACCGGGCAAUGGAAAGAGCUCCACACUUGUCGAACGGCGCUGCCGCGGCGAACUCGUCACUGACCGCCGCCUCUGCGGCGACUCCCGUGAACUCUGGCAAAGCCGAGACUGCGCACGACACCGCGGCUCACGCUGCUGGUGCCCAGUCGCCGUCCCCAACACCUGCGGCCAUUGCUGACGGCACGGCGCCUGCGGACGGGGAAUACUACGAAGUGUGCCACGCUCUGCAGAUGGCGGAGGUGCAAGCAGAGUCGCAGUGGGAGGUCGAGGAGCUGGGCCGAGCGUGGAGGCGACUGCGGGCUUCCACAGUGGCCGCCACAGCAUCGUCCACGUCCGCGGGCAGGAAUAGUUUGCAUGGCCGUGCCGAUGUAUGCGAAAGCCCUCCCACACAGCUGCCGCUCAGCAGCGCCGCCGCCGUGUCCGCCGCGGUGAACCGCCAGCUGAAGCGCAGUGUGGAGGCGCGCAUAGCCGCACUCUCGCACCGCGCUGUCGCGGUUGCUCUCUUACGGAACGUGCAGCUGUGCUGUCGGCCCGCUCACACGAGGGCAGCGCCGGCGCCGCUCCCGGUGCAUCCAGGCGACGGAGCAAGCGGCGCGUAUUCGGCCUGGCCGCCGACGGCCUCCCGGCGUGGUGGCGGGCUAGCGUGGGUGCAGGGCGUCCUCCGCCAACAGGCGCAGCAAGCCUUUAGGGAGCCGCUGCUGACAUGGCUGCAGUUCGCGUCGUCGUCGGUAUACCCUGCUGGCGUCCCUAUCCGCUAUGGGUCAACAUGCAUCUACGGUCAGCAGCGCGGCUCGGCCGUGGCAGCCACGGGAAUACCUGUGCUCUCUGGCGAAGAGAGGCUGCUGCCCUCCCCCACUAACGCAUCGCUGCAAGCUCUUUGCCACACCUACUCAAUGCCCGGCGACGGCGGCGACGACCCCCACGCCGCCCCUGCAGAGGGGUGCAGAGAGAGCAAGAAGGCCUUCCUUACCGAGGUGCCCGGCGACGCGACUGGCGCUGAUGCUGCUGUCGGCUCAUCUUUACGCCCCCCAGAGCGAGCGACUUUCGGUGCGAGCGGACACACGGCAGUGGUGGGUGGCGCCGGCAGGAAGGCGGGGCAGCGUUCCCUGUCGUCCCGGCUGUCAUCCGCCGCGGAUCGGCCGCCGUUGUGUGACGUUGGUACGGCUCUGUCGUCAAGAGACUCGUGCUCGCCCCUACUUUCGCCUUUGCCGCCGCUCAAGUCCACGCGCGCCAGCGCCAUUAGCGGCCGUCAGCUGAGCUCGCUCGGUGUGUACGACGCGUGUCCGAUGACAGCGCAUCGUGGCAACCCGGCCGCCUCUGCCAUGGCUGACACGGCGUCGAUCAUUUCGCGUUCCGCCUCGAGCACGUCGUCUCUCUCCGUGCCAAACACCCCGCCCAACGCCGCCUUGAGCAGCCCUGCCGUGCGCCCAACGCCGCAGGUGCGACCACGUCUGCUGACCUCGUCCGCCUUGCACUGGACGAAACUGGCAAACACUGGCAGCUGUGGUCGCGCGCCGCGUCAGCAGAGACCAGCGACCACGGGCGUGGUCGGGAGGAGGGGCGCUGCUGGCGACUACACCGUCGUCACGGACACGCUUCACGCUGCUGCCGCUGGGACGAUGGCGCCGCCCGCUACGUCUACCGGCUAUGGUGGCGGACGCGGAGGAGGAGCUGGAGGGAGAGGGGGAGCUCGCGGCGGCAGGGCGGCAGCUGUGCAGUCCUUCACCUACUACUCGCUCUUUGGCCACGUCGGCACCACCAAAUAG